AUGGAUCCAAACAAUCUUCCUAGCAAGUCCUCUAGCUACGUAGGACUACUUCACAGUCAACAAGGUAGCGUGUUCCAUGAAAACUUUCCUUAUGAAAGUUUUCAUUCUAGUGUUAACUUCGGAGAAUCACAGCCUUUUCCGGCUUUCAGCUCACAACAAUCUCAAGAUGCACCAUUAGAGCCACCAGUACAGACACCAGCUGCCCGUGGUGUAAGGCGCAAAUGGAAUCCAGAAGAUGAUGAGGUGCUGAUCAGUGCGUGGCUUAACACUUCGAAGGAUGCGAUUGUUGCAAAUGAGCAGAGGUCGGGGGCCUUCUGGAAACGGGUUGCUGCUUAUUAUGCAGCAAGUCCCCAUGGAAGAGAGGAUGGUGGGAGAGAGCACGGUUGUUGCAAGAAGAGGUGGCACAGAAUUAAUGAAGAUGUUAACAAGUUCUGUGCCGCAUACUCGGCAGCAGAGCGAGAAAUGAGAAGUGGUGAGAGUGACACUGACGUUCUGAAGAAGGCACAUGACAUUUUCUUCUCUGAUCAAGAGCACAAGUUCACACUUGAACACGCUUGGUGUGUGUUGAGGUUUGAACAGAAGUGUCUCAGCCUCAACACACCCACGACUGGUGGCAUUUCGAAGAGGAAGAAUGUGGAGGUAAAUUCCCAAACAUCUACCAACGAAGGCUUCGUUGAUGUUGAGAGCAGGCCCGAAGGUGUCAAGGCUGAUAAGGCUAAAAGAAACACGGGUAAAGGGACCACUGUGGCUGAGAUUGCGACCGUUUGGGAAAUGAAGAAGGACAAUUUGGUGAGGAAGGAGAGACUGUCGAAAAUGGGCUACUUUUAUUCAAUCUAUCCGACUACCACAAGGUCAGAAGCAUUCAUUAUUUGCUCAAACCCAAGAAGCUGUGCGAAAAGAUGUCGAGCGUGCAUUCGGAGUCCUACAAGCUAG